AGGUAUUCAGCGAAAAUAUCGACUUUAUCUUUAAGCUGAUGGAAUUCUUUCAAUGGUAUUGUGGGAUACCAAUGGAGGAAAGGAAAUCAAUAUUAAUGAUAUCUUAGUUGUUGAAGGGUUUGCAAUGAGUCAAUUGGCUCAUAUGUACUCUUUUGAAGCUGGCCAGGCUUCUGUUGGAAAUAACACACCUUCAUUUCAAACUGGUAGUACCCUGAAUGUUCCUAACAUAACUCCUCAUGUUGCUGGAGCAACAUCCCUAGCUGGAAGUGAUAUUCUUAAUUUAUUGCAGAGCUUAGCUAUUUGCUAUGCACAGAAUCCUCAGUUGAAUCAGCAACAUUUUCAAAAUGAAAUUAUCAAUCCAUUUUUUAACGUGCCUUCUAAUGUGAAUACUGGAAGUCCAAACGUUCAAAUGAACCUACUCUCAAAUGGCACAAGAUUAGUCAAUCAUUUUCCUAUAUUUCCUUUGUCUGAUCCAAGUGCAUAUGGAGCUAACAUACCAGGAUAUGCUAAUCUGCCUGUUGCUGAGCAUAACAGCCAAUAUAUGAAACCUGAAACUGCACCAUUUUGUGUAAAGGAAGUGAAAGAAAUGAAAAAAUCAGCUGAUGAUUCUGAGAGGCCAAAGAUGGGUGAAAAUAUUAAUGAUUCUACUGGAAAAUUAAAAUCCAUAGAAAAAUUUGAGGAACUUCAACAGUGCCAUGAGAAAGCUCUACUGCACAUAAAAGGAAUUAAAGAAGUGUAUAAACAUUUUUAAGUAGGAAAAAAGAAUUUUUUUUCAAGAUCAGAGAAGUAGCCAGAUCCAAGAGAUGAUGCUAUCUGUUUUCCCUCUUGUCUGGUAGGGGAAUAAUUUGAGCCUGACUUCUGACAUUUCAUUUCUCGCAGUGAUAGGUGAAGUGUCAAACUCGCCUCACUCCAGAUAAGCAGUAUGGACCUAUUUUCCUGCAAGUUAGCAUGGGUGUUACUAAUGUGGAUAUAACUCUUUAUGUUGAAUGAUGCAUCUGAUAUUUAUUAUUGUUGCCUGUAUGAUUGUUUAAAUAGGACAUUUGCAGGUAAAAAAAAAAAAAAAAGUGAAAACUUCUCUUUGAUGUGAACAUUUGAAAAUAAAAAAAUAUUUUAUCAUGUUUUAAUACUAUAAUAAAGUCUAUUCUUUCCACUCUUUGUUCCAUUC